AAAUGUUAAAUUAUUUGAGAUUUACUGACGCGGAUUUUGUGAACUGCACUCUGAAUGUACAGGUGCGGAUUCAAAAUCUGCGAAAUGUUCAUUCAGAUAAUACCAAUUUUAAAACUUGAUAAAUAUGGUUUAUCAUGCUCGAAAAAACUAUACCCAGAACCAGAAAUGAGUUCAAAUACAAAAAUGUCUUCCCAAUCUGAAGUUGUUUGUAUCAUCACGUAUUAUUGUGUCCAAUUACAGGUGAUAUAAAUCCAAAACAUGUUCAGUCUGCUUUAAGAUUCCCAUGUAAUAAAAUGUUAUGUUCAUGUUCUUAUUCAGAUAACCAAUUGUUCAGAACAUGGGGAGUGUUUUUGUCUCUUUUUUUGAAAUAUAGGUUAUGCAAGAUCUUGUCCUUCAUUCCAGAGGAUAACUGGAUUUGGAGAAUGAAAUAGCUUCCCUGAAGAUUGCUGCUUUUUUAUCUCACCAUUGAUUUUUGGGUUUCCUCUAUUGAGCAUUUUUUUUUUAAAGUUCCAGUCUACCCCCUUUAAAUUUUCCACCUGCCUUCAGGAAACGUAGAAGAGAACCCUUCGUUUUGUUUCUUUCCAACAUCUCCAAGAUAUCCAGUUCCCUAUUUUUUGCCCUCGUCUAUCUUUUUUUGACAACAUCUAGCUUGAGGAUUUUUUUUAAUCUCCCCCAAACCCCCUCACCACUCAAUUAUCAAGAAUAUUGAAAAAAAAAAAAAAUGAAACGGACAUUUUCCACCACCUGCCAAUUUUAACACAGCAGUCUGAUGGGAACAAGUUUCUAUGAGAGGCAAAAGUUGCCCCAUCUCUCCCCCUGUUCAGUCUUUACUCAUCAGUCCAGUGUUCCUUCAGGAUCCAUACAGUCCGGAGCGACCCUUCAAGUGCUUGAGAUCACCAGGGAACAUCUCAGCCACUGCAGGGAGAUUCACAUAGAUCCUAUCUCAGGAGUCCAGGACGAGAUCCCAGCAUCACGGAAGAGGUCCUGACCCAGAAGACUACAAACUUGUGCCAGAAUGACCAUGCAAGGAGAUGACUGCUACUUCUACUACUAUUCCACCUGUACUAAGGGUGACAGCUGCCCUUUUCGACAUUGCGAGGCCGCCAUGGGUAGCGAGACGGUCUGCACCCGGUGGCAAGAGCAAAGGUGCUUCCUUAACAUCUGCAAAUUUCGCCAUAUGGAAAUAAAGAAAAACCGCAAGGAAAUCGCAUGCUAUUGGGAGAAGCAGCCGGCUGGCUGCCAGAAACCUCACUGUGCUUUCCAUCAUGAGAAGCCGCGCAUCAUCGAUGGGAAUUAUUUUGCCCCAGACAAAGGACAAGCAGUGCAAAAGGAGAAGGAAGAGACCCCACUCGAAGACCAAGUCAACCAAGUCCCUGUGCCCACUGCAAACCCCACUAACCCGCAGUUGAGAGGGGUCAUUAGAACUGAGACCCAAGAGAAUGUCCCGAGCCCUACCCAUCCACCAGUGGUCAUCAACCCUGGUGAUGAUGAUGAUGAGGACGAUCAAUUCUCAGAAGAAGGAGAUGAAUCUCUUGGCGGGUCCCCCAGAAAAAUGAUUCCAAGUAAAAAUGAUUCGCUGGACUUCGGUAUCCAGACAUUAGAGGAGAUCAGAUUGAGGAAAGCACUCAUGGCAAGUUUGAAGAAAUCUGGGCAGUCCAUCAUGCAAGGCUCAGCCCAAAACAAAGGAACUGCUAUCGAAAAGGAAAACAUUCAAUCCCGCUCACGUCUGGAAGUUAACAAUGCCUGCAUUGAUUCCUCUGUUAAUGAGAUUGGAAAAAGAAAAAUUGUAGACAGACUUGGGAAAAGAAUUUCGCCCAGAGAUGCUCCUGUGGAGGAAGACCUACCUUUAAAACGACGCCUUGCUGAACGUCUCGGUGGAAUUGUUGAAUCCUCCACAGACGUGCUACCACAGAAAGCUCAGAAACCAGUGCAUGAAAGAAUUGGGUUGACUGCAGCCCCAUCUACCACUGACAGCGAGCCAAAAUCAUCUGGAGAUAUCCGUAUAAAAACCCUCGAGGAGAUUCGGCAAGAGAAGGCAGCCAGAAACCUUAAAACAAGUAAAGUUGUGCGUGUUGUAAAAGAAGUGCCGGCGAAGGAGCUAAGCCCAUCCAAGAAAAGUGUCAAACCCGCUGGCGGACCUCAAGUUAAGACUUUCUCUGAAAUCCUUCACAAAAAGAAAAAAAUGCAGGAAAAAAAAGCAGAGGAAGUGAGCACAACAGCCAGAAGCCCAGAGGGGAAUGAAGGACCUUCCACUGCCGGAGCUGCGGUCAAGGCUCCUGUGGCAGCUGUGGAGGUACGAGUAAAAACGCUGGAGGAAAUACGCAGGGAAAAGGCAGCCCGGAUGCAGGCACAGCUUCAAGAGACCACAGAUGAUAAGACCCCAACCUCAACUGAAGCAGAGUCAAGUGGACCUCCAAAGAGGCGCAUUCUACGCAUUAAUAAAAACUCAUCUGCGUGCACUGUGGGUCAGACAAAACCAGAUGCACCUGAGAAGAAGAAACCAGAACCUGCAAUAGAGGCAAAUGGAAAAGGUAAACCCUCCAGUGAGACCGUUAAAGUGAAAACGUUUGAGGAGAUCAUGCGAGAGAAGAGACUCCGCAAGCUGCAGGAGGAGCAAGUCACCUCCACCAACCAAAAAGACGCAGGACUGUCUGCACCUGCUGCCUCGCCGCCAGCUUCUGAACCCUCUGGCCAACCACAAACAACCGUGAGACAGCGGAUUGCCCUCAAACACAAGAGCUCUCCGCUCCCUGUUGCCCCAGAAACACCCCAGAAAAGCUCUCCCAAGCACUCUGGAGACAGGACUCCAUCGAGGAACACACCGACACAAUCAAACACACCAAAGCCCUCAACCUCUCCUGUGAUACCUGUCCAGCUAGCUGAGGGAACUAUUCAAACAGAGACCAAGGUGAAGCCCAAGGUGAAUGUGAAGCCAUCAGUAAUAAAGCCGGCAGCCCAGCCUACCCAAAAGAGGAAAGCUGCAAAAGUUCACUCUGCUGUUGCUGAAGUGAAACCUCUUAACACUGCCUGUCAAGCACCUUCCUCGCUGGUUACUCCCAACAAGCAUCUUAAGAUGGAGUCCCCAACCUCUCCAGAUGUUCAGUCCAACGCUCAGCAGAUGUCUUCCAACACCGUGGAUAUUCAGAUGGUGCCUGUGAACUGCAUUGAGCCCGCCAGUACUACAUCUCCUGAAAUUGUUGCGGUCCCCCAAAGCCCUGUGGUCAGAACACCCAGCAUGCGCUCUCGGCGGUCCAGCACCACUACUGGUCGUAAUUCUGUUGUUACCAGUUCAUCAGUGGAUGACUUUGAAGACCUGUUGGACGAAUUUACUGAUGAUCGGCUUGAGGAUGACUUGGAAUUGGAUUCGGGCAAGGGAGAGGACGACCUUCUAUUAGAACUCUCAGAAAUGAUUGACAGUUAGACAUGAGCGAUGUCAUCCGUUUUCUUACAAAAACACUGCCACUAUGAAUUUGAAAGGACUGUGACACCAUUUGAUCCACAGCAUUUUAAAUUACGACUUUAUUUUCAAGCUCUAAUAGAUCUGUUUUAAUGUUUCUUUUAGUUUUUUUCUUGUCAAUGUAAAUAUGAUUUCUUCAUCACAUAGUGCUUGAGAAAUACCCGUUGUGCUGUACAGGUUUUGACCUCUUGUUUUCUUUUAGUGGACAUCCUAAAAAAAGAGGAGCAAAUCUUAUUUAGCUGUUGCAGGUAUUAAGCCAUUGUAAGACAGCCUCAGGUAUAAAGAUUGUGUUGGAAGUUGUUAUAGCACUAUCACACAUGUAUUACAAAGACAGGAAGAUUUCAGUUUGUGUACUGUGUAUGCUGAAAAUUUGCUUUUUAUUAGAGAGGCACAUCAAGGCCACACCUUUCUUAGUCUUCUUUUUGAGUCACGUGUAUCUGAUCCUUUAAAUGUUCUUUGGACAUCAUUAUCAACGUUGUUUUAACAGGUCAUUUUGCUAACCUUUGAUUUAGUUUAGGCAAAA